CCAGACUAUACCCCUCCUCCUCCCCCUCCUCUUCUUCUCCCAUAUUCCAAACCCCCUCAAAUCCUUUUUCUCCAGAAAAAAACAUCCCAACGGGAAACCCACCACCCAAAAUGUCCCCCCCCAACAAAGCCCUCACCAUCCUCAACCACGCCUCCCAAAACAACUACGGCGUCCCCGCCAUGUGCUGCUACAACGUCGAAGGCAUCCUGGCGACCGUGCGCGCCGCCGAGCGCAAGCGCUCCCCUGCCAUGAUCCUGCUCUUCCCCUGGGCGAUCCAGCAAGCAGGCGGGGUCCUCGUGCACGCCGCCGCCGAAGCCGCCCGCAACGCCAGCGUGCCGGUCACCGUGCACCUGGACCACGCGCAGACGCCCGAGAUCAUCCGCGAGGCGGCCGACAUGGGCGGCUUCGACAGCAUCAUGGUCGACAUGUCGCACUACGAAAAGGAGACGAAUCUCGCGCUGACCCGCGAGCUGGUGAGCUAUUGUCGGGAGCGGGGGAUCGCGACGGAGGCGGAACCCGGGCGGAUUGAGGGCGGGGAGGACGGCGUCGCGGACACGGUCGACUUGGGAGGGUUGUUGACGACGCCCGAGGAGAGCCACGAGUUCGUGGACACGGGCAUCGACUGGCUGGCGCCUGCGUUCGGCAACGUGCACGGCGAGUAUGGGCCUAGGGGCAUCGUGCUCGAGUAUGAUCGGUUGAGGGCGAUCCGGGAUGCGGUGGGCGACAAGGUGCGGCUUGUGCUGCAUGGGGCGGAUCCGUUUACGGAGGAGAUCUUCGCGGAGUGUAUUCGGUGUGGGGUGGCCAAGGUGAAUAUUAACAAGGUGCUCAAUAAUGAGUUUGUGAAGGUUAUGGCGGAGAAGGCGGGGCGGGUGCCGUUGACGGCGCUGUUGGAGGAGGCGACGAGGGAGAUGCAGGGGGCUGUGGAGAGGUGUAUGGAUAUGUUGAAGUCGAGUGGGCGGGUUUAGUUCUUCUUUAUUCGUUCUAUUUGAUUAUUUGAUUAUUUGAUUAUGUAUACUCUGUUGAA